AUGUUUCUCCCACUCGACAGUUUUAACGUCAACGUGCAGAAACGACGCAACGCCCAGACGCUGGUGUCAAUUUCACGUCUGGGAGUGACAUUCGAAAUCAACUUUCUCACAGACAAUUCUUUUUCUGAAAAACUGAAUCAGCCGUUCUUCUUGAAAUUCAACAUAGGGUCCGGAGUAUUUUUUGUGACGGGAGCUCUUGGACAUCUGUAUGUAGCAUAUAGCAAAUUUUAUGGAUUGUGGUUAGGAGCGCGGCUGCAGUGCGGGCGGCGCGCGCCGGCAACCGCCGAGGCCGAGGAGGGCAGGAGGAGGAGGAGACCGCGCAGCGAGACCCGAGCACGCCCCCGCGCCGCUGCCAUGAGCCAAGACGGCGCCGCCGACGCCUCCAAGGGCCGCGACGCCUCACCCGGCAGCGGCGACGACGCCGCGGAGCUGGGCGAAGUCAAGGACAAGCCCCGCGAGAAGUCCAAGGUGAUUCGGGUGCUGACCGUGCUGGCGUACGUGCUCUCCGUGUCGCUGGCGGCCAUCAUGCUGUCGCUGUACUACGUGUUCCUGUGGGACCCCAAGAUGCCGAGCGGCGGAUCGGCGGCGAUGGGCCGGCUGCAUGUGGAUGACGAGGGUUUGGCCGAGGCGCUUCAAGCUGACGGCGACCAGCUUCUGGACUUCAACGCUUCAGGUAUCCCUGGAGAAAUCCGAAGAUGUAGUAGUGAGGUUUACGUACCUUGA